AUGUCUUCGGAAGCUCCCCGCACGGCAGGAGUACAGCUCAGCUCCAAUUUCGCUACCAAGAGACUCUCCAUCGGCUACGACCAUGAAGCGUACCUCGAGCUGACGGAUGGAAAGGGUGAAGCAAAGACUCCCAGCCAGGUGUACGCGGAGGAGCGUAACGAACGGCUCAAGUCCCGCGCCGAAGAUCCGGCUGUCUUUUCUCCCAAGGGAGAUCCUGGCCCGACUGAUUUCGAGUGUGUCCAGAACAAGGCAGUUUGA